AGUUUGCUUAUAAACAGUAACACGUGUAGAGGCAUUUUGACUGUGAAUUUGAUUAGAAAGAAGACACGAAACGUCGAAAGAAAUCUAUCAGUCUGUUGAGAAAUUCGGUGAGAUUAUUUGAGGAAACUUACUUGAAAGAGAAAAGAAAGUUACAUUAGAGAUCGGAUAUAAAAUGUUGCACAAAAGCGUUUUGCCGGUUAUAACUUCCUGGUUAUCGAGAAGAAAUAGGCACAUCGCAAGUGCAUAUUGCUCAACAUUGACCACUGACAGCUCACCCGCACAUCAGAAAGAAGCUAUUAAUACCGCGGAGACGAAGGGGCUGAUUGAAAAAACAGGAUUGUCAAAAGUGAAGAAGAAGAAGAAAACCAUAGAAAAGCAAUUGAAAUAUAUACAAUCUAUAUUGCAGGAUAAAGAAACGUUGGACAUUAUUAAUUAUAUACGGAAAGUCAAUCCAGAUAUAAUUGAUAUUAUUCAAUCAAUGAAGUGCACGUUAAAAAAGGGGGAUACAAAUAUAUUACAUCUGAUUGACAAAGAUACCGCCGCGAAGUAUGUCUCUUUGAUAAAAAAUGAUCUCUCGAGAAACAUGUGUUACGUUGCCGAAUUGAAUUCUGGUUUUGGCAUAUUAACGAGAGAACUGUUGAAAGCUGGCGUACCGCUGAUUCACAUGUACGAAGGAAAUCAAAAAUUACACCAAGUACUGGAAACGAUCUCUGCAAAAUAUCCUGGAAAAUUGAAUCUAAUCUCUUCUAAACAUUCCAAUCUCUUUGGAAUAACAAGAGCGUUUUAUGAUGACAAAAUUACUGACGGACAAUAUCAAGAUAGUUUCAAAGCGAUAGAAAGCAAAAAUUGGGAAGAUGAAACUUACAUGCAAGUAAUAGGUGCAACAGAUAGUAAAUACUUAUUUACGUUUAUUAUACACAGUUUAGUCUUUCGCAACGGUUUCAUGUACCAUGGAAGGCCUAUUUUUUACAUCGCGAUACUUCCAUCCCUGUGGCACAGAUAUAAUACCUGUACCAGUAACAGUAAUUACAAAUUAUACACCUAUACAAAGGUGAUGUUCAAAUUAAUGUUUACGUGCGAACUACUGGGAACACUGAAUAGAAAGGCUUUUAUACCUUGGCCAAAAAAGAAACGUCAAUCUACGUAUAAUGUAUCUUGGCCAAAAAAGAAACGUCAAUCUAUGAAUAAUGCACUAUCGAUAAAACAAGAUUACGAACAAAUUUAUGUGAUAAAACUUGAGCCUAAAGCUGACCUUUACUCAGAAUUGUCACGAAAAGAUUGGGUGACAUUUUCUUAUUUUGUGAAGCAUCAUCUGCAAAAACGCCGUACCAGAGUGAUACCCGCAUUAGAAAAAUGGGUGCCAGACUGUGGAAUUAGACUAAUAGCCAAAGAUUAUACGAUAUAUACGCAAUUUGGAGACUUAACGCCAAUACAAAUUCUGGAACUCUUUAAAGAAUUCAAAUCUUGGCCAGAAUACAAAGAGAGUUAUUUCAUAGGUUCUAUGAACAAUUCUUUAGGUGCACAUAAUGAAAUGGAAUUUUUAAACGAAUAAUUCUGUACGUUGCUCCUUACCAUCUUAUUGUGAGCGAUUUAAUCAUCUCGAAUUACAGUUGCAAACCAUAUUUUGUCAGAAUUAUAAUCGAUUUCUCUC